ACCUUAGACUAAUAUAGGUGACUGCAUUUCUCUCUCCCGCCCGUUUGCCCAUCUCAGCCGUAUAUACAAUAUCUUCUCCCGCUUGGACGAGCGCCGCCGUCUGCUGUUGCCUCACAUCUCAUUUCAAUCGGCCGAUGCGUCUCACGAUGAAUCAUAGAGCCCUAACGCUCGCCUCCUCUUCAUUACGCAGCGGCAGCCCUAAGGCUCGACCCUUCCAUAGUCCAUUUCGACGCCGCUCUACCGAAACUGUAAGCAUCGGCUACUCUGGUGAUGUUUUGAAGAGGCUUGCGAUGUACUCAUCCUCUUCGUUGGAAUCGUCGACAUCUUUGGAGCUUCCUUUGUUGCCAUUCGAAUCAGAGGAGGUAUUAAUUCCAUCAGAGUCCAAGAUGCUGCAUUUGUAUGAAGCGAGAUAUUUGGCAUUGUUAGAGGAGUCAUUACUUGAGAGGAAAGGACUUUUUGUACACUUUGUCAUGGAGCCAGUUCUCACCGAUAGAUCUUCAUCUGGAACACCUUUUGUAGCUAUAUAUGGCUGUUUAGUCCUCAUAGAGAAUAUUGAUAGAUUAGAUAUUGGAGCACUGGUGUCUAUAAGGGGCAUAUGUCGUGUUAGCAUCGUGGAUCUGAUGCAGUUGGAACCUUACUUGAGAGGAAUUGUCAUGCCAAUUCAAGACAAUGCUUAUAACGUUGUGGAUGAAAUAGAGUCAAAAGUUGCGACGCUAAGAGCUUCACUUGAUGAUCUACACAGUUUGCAAAUCAAAUUGAAGGCUACGAGGCAUGAAUUAUUGCAAACUAGAGCCAGGAAUGCUUUGGUGUGGGCUGAGAAAGAAGUCUAUGAUGAUUGUGAUAAAGCUUUCAUUCCCAAUCUGGCUGAACGUUUAUCUUUUGCUGCCCUCCAGCCUGUUUCAGGGAAUGAACAUCAGAUGGAGAUGUUCAAAGUCAGAGUUGUUUGCUUUACAAAAAGAGAAGCUACGAGCAAUGGAUUCCAGAGACACGUUAGAUAGGUUAAAUGUUGGAAUUAAAGUUGCCAAACAAAACACUGCUUUAGCUGCUGCAAAGCUUGCCAUUCAGUCCCUGGAAAUAUAAACCAUACCUAUGAGUUAUAUUAUUUUUCUCUGAUUCUUCAUCAGUCUCAACCAAUCAUCGAAUUGGCUGUCAACUGGUCCAACUUUGAAGCCUACUGCUCUGUUUGUCAGGCACUGGGAAUGUAUGAGAAGAGAGCUUUAGGGUUUAGAAGUUUCAAGGAAGAGCCUCUGAGGCAGGAAAGAAUAUUAACCGCACUAUUUGCUUAAAAGAAUGCCUCUUCUUAUGAUCUUAUCAUAUGCUGCUUUCAACAACUUAGAUUUGUAUCUUUUUCUUCCUUUGAUGUUAUUAUUUAUAAAUAUAAGAUCAUAAUCCUUAUCCUUA